UAAAAUUUCAUUAUCACCUUUUAGUGCAUUUAAUGCGUCCGAAUAGGAUUCCGAAACUUCAUUCAACAAAAAUAUUGCUUCGUCUUCAAUUGCUUUUGCGUCCGAUGGUGGUUUUCUAUUUGUACUCGAUAAGACUUUUUUUUCGGUUUUCUGCUGUUUGACUGGGAAACAGAAUUAAACUAGGUUGUAAUUCUAUUACACGUGAAUAUAUUGUAAAAAAAAUAGAUAAAUAAACAGAACCGAAACUAACUUGAAGGUUUUUCAUUCUUCUCUUGUGGUUUUGGUGUGUCAUUUUGUAGAGGUGCCGCAUUUAAUUUUUCAACAAUCUCAUUAGAAGAUUUUUCAGGUUUAAUAAACCUAAAACCAAUUAUCAGUUAAAUAUUAAACAUACAACUCAUUAAUAGUAUCCGUCAACUUCUCGUUAUUAAAAUGAUUGAAAAACUGUACGAGUUAAUUAAAACAAAUUAAAUACUUGUCGCAUUACAUAAAACAUUACAUACAGAAAACCAUAUUUUAAUCAGGUAGAACCCAUUGGAUAACACUUACAUUUUUUUUACGUUAUCGAUCAGCCUGUUCGGAUAAUUUCCAAAAGAUUUUUCUUCAAACAGAAUUAAUUUCAACAGUUCAUCUGAACCGGAAACGUUGUUUUUGAGCCAUUGUCUAAAAUUGUUGUCGUACUUGGCAUAUACCACCACCGCACUGAAGCCAAAUAACAACGAGCCGAUGGUGUAUUUUCCGACAUUUGAUUUUCUGGAAACAAAUCUUAUUAAAUAAAUAAAUCUCGUUGUACACACACAACAUACAACGUACCUUUGCUUAGCCACAUUCUCAUGAAUGAAUCUGCGACCCAACGACUUGUUACACGUCAAACUCGAUUGCCUUAGAUUGAACUUAGCUCCGGGGGAAACCUUGAAAAAUUAUCAUAAGUUUAAUUUCAACAAGUUGCCGGGUGGUAAACUAAAAAUGUUUAUAUUAUCGUCUAAAAAUAUUUUUACUUACUUUGGCGAAUUGUUUUAAAUUCAACAUUUUCACGAAUACAGUUUUCGAUGUUGCACCACUCGGGUAGUUAGUUUAAUGUCUAAAGUGUAUCGAUCAAUUACCGAAUAGGUAAUAAUAAUAAUAAUAAUUAACAAUAGUAAGUGGCUAAUUAAAAGAAAAAAAACAAAUAAUAUUUUUGUACAUUACCCUUUCGUUGGUUUUCAAAGUUGAAGUUGCUUAUCUAUUGUGAUAACGGUCGACGUGAUAACGCGAACGGGAAUAAAACCAAAGAGAUCGUAUAAAAAAUAAAAGUUGGCAAACCUGACGAGGAAAACAUUGUCGAUCGCGCGCCAAACAUGGUAGCACUGCUUAUCAAUGAUGGAAAAAAAUAAAUUGUAAACAAACAUAAUAAUAUUAUUUAUUUAGUAGUUUACCGACUUUUUAAAUAUAUAUUAUAUUAAAACCGAUGGUUCGUUCGAGAAGAUAUCACUAUAAAAACAAUAAUUCCUCUACACCGGUAUUCCUUGAACAAUGUACAUAGUUAUGUUCGAAUCAGGUAGCCAAAAUGUGAACAAAGGAUCAACAACAAUAAUUAAUAACACUAUGAUGAUGGUGACGGUCCAUCCGAUAAACUUGCAAGAACACGAGUAUGGCACACGGUCCUUUAUAUAGAAUAUUAUUGUUGCCAAGACAACGUUGAGAAAAAACCCCCCAAACAAACAUGUUUAUCAAACAAGUCAUCAUCCACGGCUUCAAAAGUUACCGCGAACAAACCGUAGUCGAUCCGUUCGACAGAAGACACAACGUGGUCGUCGGACGUAACGGUUCUGGCAAAAGCAAUUUUUUCUACGCCAUUCAAUUCGUGCUCAGCGACGAAUUCUCUCACCUGAAACCCGAACAGAGACAGGCGCUGCUGCACGAGGGCACCGGUCCGAAAGUGAACUCGGCGUAUGUCGAGAUCAUUUUCGACAACACGGACAACCGUUUGCCCAUCGACAAAGAAGAGGUGGUCUUGCGAAGAGUGAUCGGCGUCAAAAAAGACCAAUACUUCUUGAACAAGAAAAUGGUGCCCAGAAGCGACGUCACCAAUCUGCUGGAGUCCGCCGGCUUUUCCCAUUCGAAUCCCUAUUACAUUGUGAAACAAGGGAAAAUCAACCAAAUGGCCACGUCGCCCGACUCUCACAGGCUGAAGUUGUUAAGAGAAGUGGCCGGCACCCGCGUGUACGACGAGCGAAAAGAAGAAUCCAUCGAAAUACUGAAAGACACUCAGACAAAGUUGGACAAAAUAGUGGAGUUCAUAAAAACCAUCGAAGACAGGUUGAGCACGUUAGAGGAAGAAAAAGAAGAACUAAAAGAAUAUCAAAUAUGGGAUAAAAAACGAAGAACGUUGGAGUACUGUAUUCACGACAGAGAAUUGAAAGAAACCCAGAGGAAGCUAGAAGAAAUGGAAAGUCGUAUCACCAACGUGGACGUAGAACAAAAACGAUUAACCGCUAAAGUCAAAGAAGCCGCGCAUGAGGCGAAAAAAUCAGCGAAACACCUGCGCGAAGCCAAACGACAAGUGAUUAGCGUUAAAGAAGACAAGGACACUUUAAAUCUGGAACAACAAGAGUUGAUUAAACAAAAAACAAAACUAGAUUUCACCAUUAAAGAUUUAACCGACGAAGUGCAAGGCGACAACAAUUCCAGAGAGAGAGCUGUCAAGGAACUGGAAAAGCUACAGGAAACUAUCAAGGCCAAAGAAUCCGAGUUGCAGGAAAUAAAACCCAAGUACGAAGCGCAAAAGAAAAAAGAAGAAGAUUGUACAAGGGAACUGGGCCUGAAAGAACAAAAGCGAAAAGAACUGUACGCCAAACAAGGUCGCGGAAGUCAGUUUUCGUCGAAAGAAGAUCGAGACCAGUGGAUACAAAAGGAACUGAAAUCGCUGACCAAACAAAUAAAGGACAAGACCGAUCAUAAAGAAAAACUCACCGAGGACUUGAAAAAAGACUCGGAACGGCUGGUGGAACUGGAAAAUUUAGUGCACACCAAUUCGAGCGAAUUGGAAAAACAGAGGACUUCUAUAGACGAGUACAACAAAAAGUACUACGAGUUGAAAAAAAACAAAGACCAAUACCAAAGCCAACGCAACGAACUGUGGCGACAGGAGAGUACGAUUCAACAUACGUUUUCGACGUUAAAAGAUGAACUAGCCAAAGCCGAUCAGAUGCUGCGCAGUAUGGCGGGUAAAGCCAUUUUGAACGGCAGAGAUAGCGUUCGCAAAGUGUUGGAAAUUUUCAAACAACGCGGCGGCACUCAAGCCAAUCUCGCCAAGCAGUAUUACGGUCAAGUAAUUGAAAAUUUCGACUGCGAUGAGAGCAUACAGACAGCCGUUGAAGUGACCGCCGGCGGCAGAAUGUUUUUCCACAUUGUGGAUUCGGACAAGAUCGGUACGCAAAUAUUGAAAGAGAUUAACAAUCAGAAUCUGCCGGGUGAAGUGACGUUCAUGCCGCUCAACAGAUUAACUGCUCGACACAUAAAAUAUCCACAAUCCAAAGACGCCAUACCGAUGGUGAGCAAGUUGAACUACGAAGCGCAUUUGGACAAAGCGAUGCGUUUUAUUUUCGGCAAAACUUUGAUAUGUCGUAACUUGGAGUCGGCCACCAGCAUAUCCAAGCAGAGCAUGUUGGAUUGCAUAACAAUCGACGGCGAUCAGGUGUCGUCCAGCGGCACUUUGACCGGUGGAUAUUUCAAAAACGUACGGUCCAAGUUACAAAUACAAAAGCAGCGCAACGAUUUGAUGAGCCAAAUUAAAGAGUCCGAAGAACAGUUGACCGGGCUGCGGACAAAAUUAAACGAAAUCGAGGUCAACGUCAAUGCGGUCAUGUCGGACAUGCAAAAAACGGAAACCAAAAACAGCAAGGCCAAGGGGAAUUUCGACAAGCUCAAAGGCGACAUUAGACUGAUCAAAGAAGAAAUGGUCGGCAUCGAGAGGUACAGAGUGACGAAAGAACGAUUACUGGUAACGGCCUCUUCAAAUUUAGAAGCCAUGCAGACGACUAGGUCCGGUUUGGAAUCUGAACUGCAUCAAGAACUCAUGGCGCAACUGUCGGUGGCCGAUCAAAAGGAAAUGGACAAGUUGAACAACGACAUUAAACAAUUGACUCAAGACAACAAAACCGCUUUUGCCAUGCGCAUGAAACUGGAAGCGGACAAGAACAAAUUGGAAAACUUGUUAACAAACAAUUUGGUCCGUCGCAGGGAUGAACUGUUGCAGGCGUUACAAGAGAUUUCGGUGGAAGAACGCAAACGUACACUGGAAAGUAGCAGGAUAGAGUUGAAUGUCAUCGAGAAGAAAUUGGACACGAUCAAUGUGGAAAUGAAAACCGUCGAUUCCAAAGUGCACGAGGCCGUCAAGUGGCAGAAAAAAUGUCAAGAGGAACUGGACAAAUGGAAGUCGCAGGAAAAAGAAGCUCAAGAGAAACUCGACAACGAGUCCAAAGAUCUUUGCAAAGUGUCUUCCAAACAAGACGUGCUGCGCAAAAAGCUGGACGAGUCCGAAGCCAAGAUCAACGAGCUCGGAGCGUUGCCCAACACCGAUCUUGUCACAAAGUACAUGUCUUACUCGUCGAAAAAUUUGUUCAAAGAACUGGAAAAGGCCAACAGUCAUCUGAAGAAAUUCGCUCACGUCAACAAGAAAGCCCUGGAUCAGUUUAUCAAUUUCUCCGAACAAAAAGAAAAACUGGUAUCGAGAAAACAAGAACUGGACCGCGGCUAUCAGAAAAUCGAAGAGCUUAUGAACGUGCUGGAGCAACGGAAAUGCGACGCCAUACAGUCGACGUUCAAGCAAGUGUCCAAAUAUUUCUCUUAUGUUUUCUCGAAACUCGUGCCGGCCGGUCACGCCAAACUGGUCAUGAAAACCGUCGGCGGCGAAGAGUCCACGACGAUCAACAUGAAAGACGAGACGAGCGUGGGCAACUAUUCCGGCGUGAUGAUCAAAGUGUCGUUUGUCGGGCAAGGCGGCGAAAUGCGCGAGAUGAACCAGCUGUCCGGCGGCCAAAAGUCGUUGGUGGCGUUGGCCACCAUAUUCGCCAUCCAAAAAUGUGAUCCCGCCCCGUUCUAUCUGUUCGACGAAAUCGACCAAGCGCUGGAUCCGCAGCACAGAAAAGCCGUGGCCGACAUGAUCCACGAAAUGUCCGGCGAGGCUCAGUUCAUUACGACCACGUUCCGGCCGGAGCUGUUGCAGCACGCUCACAAAUUCUACGGCGUCAAGUUUCGCAACAAAGUCAGCCACGUCGAAUGCGUCACCAGGGAAGAAGCGCACGACUUUGUCGAAGACGAUACGACACACGGAUAACGUAUUACACACUCAUCGACAAUUAUUUUAUUAACCAGUUUUUCUUUUAGGAUAUUAACUAAUUUUACUCGUUUUUUUUGGAUUUAGAUACUAUUGAAACGUACCUAACACUACAAUGUACAGGAUUUCUGUAUUUUUUUUUUAGUAAAUAUUCACCGAUAUUAUUGAUAUAGUUUAGCAUAUAGAACAAUUACACUAAUGCAUAUAUAUAUAUAUAUAGUUUAUAGAUUUACGUGUUAUAUUUUAGGUAUGUUUUUAUGUAUACAAUCUUAUGUUGUAUCCGAUUUUGUAUUAGUUAAUUUAAUCUACGUAACGUCAUCAGCUCGAUAUUAUCGUGUACUAUAUAUUGUAUGAUUUUACGAAUUUUAAAUUAACGAUAAUUUGCUUCGAGAUAAAAGUGUUUUAAAAUUUAAGUGAUUUUUAAUACUUUAAUAUUCUUUAAUAGUGAACGUAUUGUGUUGUACCAUGUUGCAAAACAUGAGAACGGCGGAUCAAACAUUAUAUUACAUAUUUAUAAUAAUAUUGUUUCGAGUUUUGAACAAAUUAUUAAUUUUGUUUUUUAUUAUUAUUAUUAUUCGUAUCAUUGUAACACUAGUAUUAUUAAUAUAAUUUAUUUUUGAUUGCCAAAUAGAAAUCGAGUUUAGUCGUGUAAAAUUGUAUUAUUUAAUUAAUUAAUAUUAAUAUAAUGU